AAAUUGACCACCAUAAACUGCAAUGAUACUGUUUCAAUCCAAUCCCAAACCACUCAAAUGUCUCUCUCUCCAGACAUCUGUCCCACUGCAUGUAAGAGGGAAAGAACAAAGAGACAAAAUCCAAAAAAAAGACAAGAAGAAGAUAAAAGCAGAGAUAAGACUAUGGAGAAGAGAUGGGGUUUUUUCAAUUUCCUUCUUUAAAAUAGAUUCUUCCACUCUUCUCCCUUCUAAAUCUAAUCGUUAUCCUCGAAUAUCGCUUCCUUUGUUCUUUUUCUUUUGUUAGUUUAUUUUCCUUUCUUGAUUUGGUCAAAACCCUAGAUUUGUGGGUAUAUAAAAUGAAUAUAACUUUCCUCUUCUCCUUCUAUUAUAAAUACUCGCUCUGGCUUUCUUCUUACCCUAAGCCUCUCAGAUCUAACUCUAAAGCCUCAAAGUCUCAUCCCUUUGAACUCAGAAUUUGUAUUGGUGACCUUCAGAUGGGAAUGUACCUUAGUUCUCCCUAAAACAGAGAAGUUUUCAGAAGAUUGAGACCAAUGACAAAAUUAGAUUUGUUCAAAAAAAAGAGAAAAUUAGAUAUGGUCUAUCCUCUAUGCAAGCAAGGUGCAAUUCUUGAUCUGGAUGAUAACACUUCAUUCUUGGGUGUCUAUGACGGCCAUGGAGGGUCUUAUUGAAUCUAUAGUAGACAGAAAUGGCUGGAGAAAACGACUGGAGGAAAACUGCGGAUACGACGAAGAUGAAUUCGGAGGGAGUGAAAGCCGCGGGGGUUGAGUCAUCGAAGAGGCCUCCAGGGAGUAAUCCUGGUGGUGUUCUCCACCAACGCCGUAACUUGCCGUACAGUUACACAACCAUGGCUCUAGCCGGAUUAGCUAUCUCAGGUGCAAUCAUGUACACUGUUAUGUAUGUUAAGAAGAAGCCGGAAGCUAGUGCCGCUGAUGUAGCUAAAGCGGCUAAACCGGAAGAUACACAUCCAAGAAAGUAAAAAGCAGCUCUGAGAAAUCUUCUUUUAUUUACCGCUGUAUUUGUGUUCUUGCUUCUGCGUAAUGGUUUUUGUCCGAACUUUUAUACUUUUGUGUAAUGUAAUGACAUAACGAGUUCAACACAAAUUAAAGUAGCAUAGCCUAUUGAUUUUUAUCUA